AUGUGGUCUCCCCCGCCAGACGAUUGGGUCAAAAUCAACUGUGACGUUAAGGUUGGUAGCGACUCAAUGUGUGCGGUGGCUUUGGCUAGGGAUCAUAAGGACUCAAUUUUGUGGGUAGCAAGCAAUAUCCUCAAUUUCUUUGAUUCGCUUAUUGGAGAAGUUGUGGCUUGCCUGUUGGCCCUGGAAUUAGCGAUUAGUGGGAAGCUUUCUUUUGUGAUCGGUGAGAGCGACUCUAAGACGGUGAUCAAUACUCUGAAGGGAAUUUCCUCCACUUGGGGUAUUACUAAUUAUGUAAUUCAAUGUAAAAAGCUCUCAAACCUUUUGACUAGAUGUAAUUUUUCGUUUAUUUCUAGAAGUUGUAACUAUGCAGCUCAUAAUGUGGCAAAAUGGGCUUUCAACUGUAAUGUGACUGGUAUGGUGGAUCCGUCCUCCAUUCUAAGUAACUUAAUUUGUAAUGACCGCGAGGUCUAA